UCAACAACACCUGCGCCUGCAAUCAUCUGGCUGGUCUUGUGUUUCACCAAUCUCUGCCUCCCUGCUCUCUCGCUUGCAACUGCAAUCAUCUGCGCCCUUCAUUUCGGCAUGGAGGUGGCCAUAGGUGCGGCGCGGUGGGUGGUGGGCAAGGCGCUGGGCCCCGUCGCUGACGGCUUGCUGGAGGCGUGGGCUGCCAGCAAGGAGCUAGGCCCUAACGUUGACGCGCUAAAGAUGGAGCUGCUCUACGUGCAGGGGAUGCUCAACAACACCCGCGGCCGGAACAUUGACAACCCUGCACUUAACGUGCUGCUGCAGAAGCUGCGGGACCUCGCGUACAAUGCCGAGGACGUGCUGGACGAGCUCGACUACUUCCGUAUCCAGGACCAGCUCGACGGCACAUACGAGGCCGCCGACGAGCAUGCCAGGGGCUGCGUGUGCAAUCUCUACCUCAACGCUCAUCACACCGCUAGAGCUGCUGGCAAACUGCUCUGCUUCUGUCCAUUUUCACGUACGGCUAGCCGUGUUGAUCCAAGCGAGCCAAGGGAAGAAGAUACAAGGCAACAGGUACUCUGCUGCGCUUGGCCAUGUGCCAACGAAGAGGUCAGAAGAUGCAUGCGCAAGCUCGCUUCUGGUGCUUGCAACACCAUCCGUCAUGUUGGUAAACUCCUCCAUUGCUCAUCCCUCCCAACUCAUGAUGAUGAUAGUUCUGUCAUGCCAGUCAUUUGCGGUGCCUGCAAGCACAAGGCAUCCCUGAAAAAGCAUGUGAAAGAAACUCCAAAACUAGAGUUUGAUAGGGUGGAUCUGUCUAAAAGAAUGAAGCAUAUUGUAGAGCAACUGCAGCCAAUAUGUGCAAAGGUCAAAGCCAUUCUUAAUCUAGAGUUGUUGGGUUCUAGCCAUACUACCGCCCCAAGCAUUGCCAAGAGUCCAUCCACCACCACCUCUGACAUUAUAGAGUCAACACUGUACGGGAGAGAAACUGCGAAGAAGAGCAUCAUAGAUAGUAUUACUCAUGUUAAAUAUAGUGACAAAGACCUAACUAUCCUGCCAAUUGUUGGUUCGGGUGGCAUAGGGAAGACAACUCUCGUACAACACAUAUAUCACAGCCAAGAAGUGCAAAAACAUUUUCAGGUCAAGGUCUGGAUAUGUGUAUCUCAGAAUUUCAUUGUUAAUAAGCUGACUGAAGAGAUUGAAAAAGCAAUACCUAGUGUGGAAGGUGAAAAAGGGGGUAGAGCAGAAGUGUUAAUUGAACAGAGAUUAAAUUCUAAAAGGUUUCUGCUUGUAUUAGAUGAUAUUUGGAAGUGUGAAUCUGACGACUGGGAAAGGCUUUUAGUACCACUCAGAAAAGGGCAGACAAAGGGCAAUAUAAUUUUAGUGACAACUCGGUUUCCAGCUGUAGCAGAAAUGGUUAAAACAACUGAUAGUUCAAUAGAUCUGAAGGGCUUAGAACAAGGAGUGUUUACAGACUUUUUUCGAGCAUGCAUUUUUCGUGAUAAGCAAUCACAAAAAGAUCAUCAUGGGUUACUUGAGAUUGGGGAUAAGAUAGCAGAAAAGCUAAAGGGAUCCCCUCUUGCAACAAAAACUGUAGGUAGAUUAUUGAGAAACCACCUUGAUGUGUAUCAUUGGAAUAGAGUCCUAGAAAGUAGAGAAUGGGAAAUGCAGACCGGGGAGCGUGACAUUAUGCCUGCAUUGAAACUUAGCUAUGAUUAUCUGUCUUUUCAUCUGCAGCAAUGUUUUUCUCGUUGUGCUUUAUUUCCUGAAGAUUACAAGUUUAAGAGUGAAGAGCUCAUUCAUUUCUGGAUAGGACUGGAUAUUUUGCCUUCUGGUGAUCGAAAUAAAACAGUUGAAGAUGUAGGUGUAGACAUUUUAAAUGAUUUGGUCAACCAUGGAUUUUUCAAAAAAGAUGAAACUGGCGGGCAUCCAUAUUAUAUCAUUCAUGACCUGCUGCAUGAUUUAGCUUUGAAGGUUGCAUCUCAUGAAUGUCUUAGUUUGCAUCACUCUAAUGUAAGAUCAGUAGAUAUUAGGCCAUCUAUCCGUCACUUGUCGAUCAUAAUAGAUGGUCCAGAUGAUAGUAAUGGAAUUACUGAUGAGACCUUUAAGAGUGAGUUGAGGAAACUUAAGACAAAAUUGAAGGUUGAAAACUUGCAAACAUUAAUUAUAUUUGGAGGAGAAGAUGAAAGCUUUGUCAGCAUAUUUGGUGAUCUGUUCAUGGAAGCAAAUGCUCUCCGUGUUCUUUGUUUGCCCACAUUGUCAUAUCCCCUGGAAUCCAUGUUGCAUAACUUUUCAUCACUUCUGCACCUACGAUUCCUAAAGCUAGGGACUUCAAUCAGCCAGAUGCAUUUACCAACAACCUUAUCCCGAUUUUAUCAUUUGAAGAUAUUGGAUCUACAAGAAUGGGGUGGUUCUUUGCUUUUACCUAGAGACAUGAGUAACCUUGCAAAAUUGUGCCAUUUUCUUGCCCAAUAUGAUGAUCUUUGUUCGGGUAUUUAUAAUGUCGGGAAACUAAAACUCUUACAGGAGUUAAAGGUUUUUGCAGUCAAUAAAGAAAGUGAAGGGUUUGAACUAAAUCAACUAGAGCAUCUCAACGAGAUAAGAGAGCUUGGGGUUUAUAACCUUGAGAAAAUACACACCAAAGACAAAGCAGUUGAAGCAAAACUGAUAGACAAAAACUACUUGCACAAGUUAACAUUAUGUUGGGAUAGUGAGCGGUCCAAUAUUGAACCCGAUGUGGAAGCAGUGGUUCUAGAGAGCCUUCGACCACAUAGAAAUCUUCAAGAGUUGUGCAUUAGAGGACACAGAGGUCCUUGUCCAGCGUGGUUGGGUGAUAAGCUCGUUAUUGAGGCUCUACAGACUCUUUGUCUUGUUGGUGUUUCUUGGGGUGUUUUUCCUUCUUUGGGGAAGAUGUGGGAUCUUCGUGAACUAACAGUGGAGAAUAUUGUCACAAUAAAGGAGUUUAGUCUAGAGCAAAGCUUUUGCAAGAUAGUAAAGCUUACACUCAUCGGCUUAGAAAAUUUUGAAAAAUGGGUACCACAGGCCACUCAUUUGUUCCCGUGUUUGCAAGUACUGAUUAUUAAAAAUUGCCCUAAACUCUCGGAGUUGCCAUGUUCAAGCCACAUUGUUUACCCACGGAAACAAGACUGGAACAUAGAUUGGUUUCCCAAACUACAAAAACUCAGGAUAGAAAAUUGCCCUCGAGUCUUCCUACUGCCUCCUAUCCCUUGGACUCAUACUUUGAGCAACGUCUCGAUAAGUGGUGUGGGAUCAAAGCUACCAAACCAGUUAGUCUACUCUAGAGUAGCAUUAGAAAUUACUGGAAAGGAUGGUAUGCAUAGCUUAGAUCAGCUGUCACUCAGUCAACUAAAAGAACUUCAGGAAUUGGAAGUUAAUGCAAAGGAUGGUAUGCAUAACUUGGAUCAGCUGUUACUAUUCUGUCAACUAACAGAACUUCACGUGUUGGAAAUAAACAAUUGCCCACCUCUGGAGCUGAAGCAUUUUCUAAUUCUAACCUCAUUGAAGAAAUUGUGGGCAUGGUCUUCAUAUCUUGGGGUGGUGGCAUCAGAAGUUCAGAGUGGUGUCGAAUGGCAGCAUUCUGUCGAGGACAUCAAAAUUUGCUUACCUGAUUCUAGUGGAAAGGAAUUGACACAGUUCUUGCCUCACCUCCCAAAGCUAGCCAAACUGCUAGUGUAUUCUUGUAGAAACAUAACACAGUUUGUUGUGGGGGUGGAUUUGCAACAAACAAGAGCACCAGUAUCUUCGUCAACCUCUUCAGAUGUUACAAUGGAUGAUACACUAGCAAAAGAGGGGCAACAAGAAAUAGCAGAGGUGGAGAAGGAGGAGGCAAACACGGCAGAUGAUGAUGGGCUGUUGCUCCUCCCUGCACAUCUCUCCAACUCUCUGACGGCGCUGGUCAUCAGUUAUGGUGGUGUGGUAGUUCAUUCCCUCAAUGCCCUCCAAGCCCUAACUGCCCUUUGGUUAGAAGAUUGCUCUUUUCGCCACCCUUUCCCGUCCUCCCUGCUACACCUGGAUCUUUCGUCCGUGAAGGGCGUGCUGACCCUUUCAAACCUCACCUCUCUCACCCGAUUAAGCAUAUCUCGUUGCGGAGAGGAUUUGAGAUGCGAGGGCCUGUUGCCUCUCCUUACUCGGGGCCACCUCAGCAAUUUACAAGUCCAACGAAUCCCCAAUUUCUUUGGUGCGUGGGACCCUAUGUGGGGGAUGCAGGACGAGCAAAAUAAGAGGACAGAAUCCAAACUGGCGAUGCUCCAGAUAGAUGACAUCGAGGGCUUCCUUGGUGCGCCCGCCCUCUGUAGCUUCCUAUCUUCCUCCCUCAUCGAUUUGUCCUUUACUGGGAACCAAGAGAAGACGUGCUUCACAAAGGAGCAGGACGAGGCCUUUCAACGUCUCACCUCGCUCCAGGAACUCAGGUUUCGGUAUUGCCGCAAGCUGCAGCACCUCCCUGCAGGCCUAAACAAGCUGACCAACCUCAAGAGAUUACGGAUCCGCUGGUGUCCAGCCCUCCAGUCGCUGCCCAAGGAAGGCCUCCCGAGUUCACUGCGCGAAUUAGAUGUCAGCCGUUGCGGCAACGAGGAGCUAACAGAGCACUGCAGGCGACUAAUUGGAACCAUCCCAGAAAUCACAUUAUAGACUGAUCCAAGCUGGUCCGUGCAUCACUUUCACCUUGUGGACUUAUCCCCAUAUAUGGAUAGUUGGCGCAUGAGGUCCUGUGUGGUAUUUUUGUCAUGUCAACACAUUUGGUUCUCUGCCUGGGAGCAGUACAGUUUUUAGCCUUGUUAAUCAUCCCCAUCUAUGCAAAGUCUGCACACGAGGAUCUUUUGUGUUGUAUCUUUUUACUGUACAUAGUACAUAAAUCUGGUGUUCUUAUGCUUGUUCUGGUUGGUUUCAAGAUACUUUGCAGUUACAUUUGGUGCCGGUGUGCUUGUUCAGCUGUGAGGAUCAUAAAAUGGGGGAAUAACCGAUAUUUUGCAGAUUUACUAUUGAAAUUAAGGAACUUUUUACAAGAAUACCUUUCUAACCAUCUCAGUGCUUGCGUCAAGUAAACUGAGAUCUCGGGCUUUCACUAAUUGACAUGGCCGAUGGACAACUUUGGAAUUCAACAAUGCAGUGGUAGCAGGUUUGAGGAAAGGUCAGUAAACCCCAGCUGAAUUCAUGAUGGGUUUAGCAAGAUAGAUUGUAUUCAUUGUGUAAUUGUUGGACUCUUAUUGCCUCAUGAGACCUAGGUUAGAGAAUUCCUGCUUUCUUGAUAAGUUGGAAGUCUAGCUUUUGAGCACUCUCGUAAUCUAUGAAUGAUUGUCAUGCUGAACUACAUAACACAAGAGAGUUUUCAGCUGAUGCAUAUAGUCAUAAAGGUAGAGAACACUUGUUACUAGGUGAUUGAUGAACAUUGAUUGAGCAAAAAGACUUGAGCUUGCUAAUUUUUAUUCCUAGAACCUCCUGAAUUUUGUAUGGUGAAGGUGGUUUUAUUCUCUUCUUGAUCCGGGGUAUUUUUUCUGUCCCACCAAUGCCAAAAACAGCAGGUUUCAUUAGCCUUUGAUUAUUGCAAUCUGAAUUUUUAGUGCGUAUUCUUAAGUUUGAUGUUCCUCUAGUCCGAAGUCUUUGAAAUCCAGUCACUCUUUUUGCGUAACUUAUGUCUGCUAGCCUCUUCAACACUCAGCAUUGCAUUCCUUCAUCACAAGCUCUGCCGGUGUACAUAUACAAAUCCCAGAAAAUAAACCAUCUCUUCCAUGUGUUCACACCAUACCUACCUAUCUGCAUAUCACAUCUCUCUCUGUCUCUCUCUCCCACAGUAGUUGAUUAUUCCAUAAGCACACUCAUCAAGUUAAAGAAGACUCAAAAGCGCUUUGUUGUCAUUGACCCUGCAAAUUUCAUCAUUAUGAAGAGCUAUAUCCGUCAAUAUUGAUGCCUCUCUCACAAAAAUAAAAAAAUAAAAAAAUAAAAAGAGUGAGGGCCGCCAUUCGAAAGGUCAAAGUUUCAUUCUCAAGCAGGAAGAAAUAAUCAGCAGUGCUUCCAUAUUCAUGUGCAGAAUGCAGAAUGGCUAAUCAAACUACUACCUAUGCAAUAUUGAUAGCCUCUCAAACAUUUUUUGGCGUGAGUCCAUUCCCUCCCACAUCCCCUGGGCACUACCUUUCUCCAAUGACUGGAACGUGAAGACUUCUUUGUACUAGAGUUGAACUCUUAUUUAGCUUUACAAUCUUGAUUUCAGAUUUGCUCAUUGUUUGAAUUACCCAACCAAGCUCCAGAUAAGCUUUCCACAAAUAUAAAGUAGAUAGAAAAAACUUCGGCCACUGGCCAGUGAGGAUUAUAAUUAAGUGAUGAGAGUAAUUCCGGAUCAUGAUGAGGUAAUCUCACUCGAUACCUGCUCUUGGAAGGUUCAGAAAGGAAUAAAAUUGUUGGCUUCUCCUGUUCUCUUUUGUUCUUUAAAUUGAAGUCAAACCACGUAGUGACUCGUGUUCAAAAACUGGAUUACUAUAUUGUUGAUGCUGGUCAAUCUCAAAAAAUGAAGGCAAAUUUUAACAUGGUCCCUCUUACCUCCUUUUUUUACAUGUGAGGUAAGAAGGUAAGAGUCAAUCAAGCCAUUCAUUGAUGAGAUCAACGGCUAAGAUCUAUUUUAUACUCUUACCUCUCAUGUGAAAAGAGGGGGUAAGAGGGACCAUGUUAAAACUGCUCAAAAAUGAAAUAUAUUCCCUACUGGCAAUGAAUAAGAGCAGUUAUUUAAGUGUGUGCUCAACCGCUAGCUUGCUACUUUAAUAAGUUUGCAGGAAGUGCCUCGACCCGAAGUUCAUGAGGGUUUCAAUAAUUGUUUGCACAUGAGCACUUGUUUGCAAUCUAGCUAUGCUAAGCUUUCAGGUAUUUUACAAGCACGUGGGCAAGUUGAAUCAGGAGCCUGGAUCAUUUGGCCGCGAUCUGAGACUCUUUUUCUCGAGGGAGAGACAGAAAGGGAGAAGCCUGAGAUGAAUCAUAUAUAGCUUUUGUUUCUCUUUAUAGCCACUUUCUCCCUAAUAACUCUAUAAGGAAGAGAGAAUGGUUUUUUCACACCUGCUAUUUCCCUUGUAGCUUCAACCUGUAGCAGGUUUCGAUGGGUGGUAUGAAAACAGGACAAAAAAUUUCAUUUGUUUUCUCAGUGUGGACAUGUAUAUUCAGUGAAAUGAAAUGCAGUUCUUUGCAAAUUGCAA